CUAUCACAUAUGCAGUUAGUUGGUAUUAGAGUGGCACACAUCUACUGGAAGCCUCCAAUCUCCCAUUAUCCCAUUAUCAUCGACAGUUCCCCAUAGCUAAUGCAAGCAAUUCUUGCAGCUAUGGCCGCACAAUCCCUUCUCUCUGUUUCCCCUUCCCACUACAUCCCAUUGCCCCCAUUCUCCAAUUCUUCCUCUCCCCCUUCCCCCUCCUCCUCCUUCCAUGGCGCCUCUCUCAAGCUCCCUCGCCACUCCCUCUCCCUCGCUGCCUCCGUCGCCCCCAAACCCCUCGCCGUUGUCGCUGCUACCAAGAAAGCUGUCGCCGUUCUCAAGGGAACUUCCAACGUUGAAGGCGUCGUCACGCUCACCCAAGAGGACGAUGGUCCCACAACAGUCAAUGUGCGUGUUACUGGGCUCACCGAAGGGCUUCACGGAUUCCAUCUUCAUGAGUAUGGAGAUACAACAAAUGGAUGCAUUUCUACAGGAGCACAUUUCAAUCCCAACAAAUUAACGCAUGGUGCUCCUGAGGACGAAAUCCGUCAUGCGGGUGACCUGGGAAACAUAAUUGCCAAUGCCGUUGGAGUAGCAGAGGCAACCAUUGUAGACAACCAGAUUCCUCUCAGCGGCCCCAAUUCUGUAGUUGGAAGAGCUUUUGUGGUACAUGAGCUUGAGGAUGAUCUUGGAAAAGGAGGUCACGAGCUCAGUUUAACCACUGGCAACGCUGGUGGAAGAUUGGCAUGUGGUGUCGUCGGACUGACUCCCGUGUAAUGGCAACAAACAAACUAUGUAGCCUAUUAGGUUGGUACGAGCUAUACGGUGGCACUAUUGGCUGCUUGUUGCUACCCGCUUCUCCAGAGGCUUGAGUUUCUUUUCUUUUACCCAGCAUAUAAAUUAUAGUCUUGAGAAGACGGUUCUAUUACAUCCUCAUUGAUGAUAUCUGUUACUGUGCUUUCCAUUAGCUGAAUAAAAUUGACUUGCUGCUUGAGCUUAAUGGGUUUGACCUAAA